UUCCGCCCCUGAUGAACCUCGUUUCGAUCACCACGACCACCUCUUUCAAUCAUGAAGGCCGUAGUGAUCACAAGCCCAGGCGGUCCAGAAGUCUUCAAGAAGUCUCAGACCCAGAAGUCAGAGACGACGAAGUUUUGAUCAAAGUUGUGGCCACUGCUCUCAAUCAAGCCGAUACCCAACAACGCAAAGGCUUAUACCCACCUCCCAAGGGUGCUAAUCCAUACCCAGGUCUCGAAUGUUCUGGAACCAUCGAAGCCGUCGGCAAAAAUGUCACUCGAUGGAAAAUCGGCGACGAGGUGUGUGCUCUUCUCAGUGGAGGAGGGUAUGCUGAGAAAGUAGCUGUACCAGUGGGACAAGUUCUUCCUGUUCCACCUGGUGUUUCUCUGAAAGAUGCCGCUAGUUUCCCUGAGGUGGCAUGCACUGUUUGGUCAACCGUCUUUCUGAUGAGCAAGUUAUCUGCAGGAGAGACAUUCCUGGUACAUGGAGGCACUAGUGGAAUUGGUACAUUUGCAAUUCAGAUGUCUAAAUAUCUAGGAAUCAAAGUGUUUGUCACUGCAGGAAGUGAGGAAAAAUUGGCUGCUUGCAAGGACCUCGGGGCCGAUGUCUGCAUCAAUUACAAGACAGAAGAUUUUGUUGCACGAAUGAAGGAAGAAACAGGAGGGAAAGAUCACACAAUCCUCAAUUUUAAUUUUGGCUGA